GCCACACCUUCAUCUCUCUCCCCCUCACCACUCCUUCUCCACCUCCGGCCGCCGCCACGGCCAGGCCGGCGUGGUGAUGCGCCUCCGUAGCCCAUCCACCCACCAGCGCCAUCCAUCACCAGCACCAACACCCAGCGCCACCAUCACCUCCUGCCGCCAGCGCCACCACCACCUCGCGCGCCCUGCAAUCCAUCUCCCUGCUGCUCCUCCACCUUUCUUCUUCUCCUAACCUACUGCUGCUCUCCUUCUUCUUCCCUAGCCUCGCUGCUGCUCUUCCUUCUCCAAAUCCCCAAACUGCUGCUCCUCUUUCUUACACGCCUGCUGCGGUUCUUCUUCUCCUAUCUUGCUGCACCACUACUGCUGCUCCUUGUCUCCUACGUCCCCUGCUGCUCCUAACUUGCUGCUGCUGCUGCUCCUUCCUCCCUUACCUUGCUGAUGCACUUCUCUGAAUCCGAAUCAUUACUGCCUCUCUCUCUCUCUCUCUCUCUCUCUGAAAUUUUUGUAAAAUUUAGAAGUGUAUGACAUUUAAUAUUCAGAUUUGAAGUGUACUUGCAACCUGCUGUUUGCUCUGUUUAAGUGCUUGUAUAAUAUGGUGUAUGUGAUCUGAGAUCUGACUAGUUGAGGCUUUGCUACUUUGGGAGAUACUUGAUCUAUUAUAUUUUGGUUCUAUCAAUUAGUAUUCUGCUAGCAUAUAUGUGUGUUCACCCUGUGUACUAGUCCCCUGUACUAGUUAACUUCCAGUACCAGUUAACUUUGUGUGUGAUUAAUUUUCAGUCUCUGUGAUAGCUUCGUCUCUGUGACAAAUAUGUUUGUAAUGUGACCCAUUUCUAUUUUGCUAUAUAUGUUCAUGUCCUGUUGUUCCCUUUGUGUUACUGUUUUAGUUUCUCAUGCCAAUAAAAAAUAAUACCAAAAAGACAGAGAGUAUAAUCUAAAUCUCCCUUUGCUUCUUUUCGUUUACCGUGGCGACAAUCAUUGAUACUUUAGGUUUUAUUUCUGCAUUCAUAAGCUGAAUUGUGUUACCUAGAUUUAUCCGAGCACGAUCAUUGACUUGCCUAGUCCCUGAGGAGAACACGACACUCGCAGUUUGGGCGUAAAACCCCACUGUACCUACAAUUGAUCAUUUUGGCGCCGUUGCCGGGGACUACCGUCGUGUGACCGUGUUUGGCUAUAGACUAGGUUUUUCUUCUUUUUCUAGUUUGUGCCAUAUAUUCGUGAUAUAUCUCUAACCACUAACCUCUUUUCUAGUUAGUAUCUUUUUUGUUUUCUUUAACUUUUUGCAGGUUAGAACUAUCUUCUCGGUUAUGGCUUACUAUUUAGAUCAUCAGGCUUAUGCGAGCAACACUACAAACAACACGGAAAGUAUUCAAGAACUGAUAAGGCCAUUCGCCCGCUGAAUGUCGGUGUGGUUACUCCCAUCCUCCGGAUUGUUUUGGCAUGAGCUUCGCUCAACGGCAUAGCUCAUACCAAAACAAUUACUCACAUGGGUGGCCUGAAAGCCUGAAUAUGUCAUAUAGGAGCAACAACCCCGAGAUCUCAUCGUUUGUCUCUAGUUAUCCAUUGCAGAGAUUUAGGUAUGAAGAGGAGAGCCACAACUAUGCUCCACAACAGAUUUAUUCAGCUCCUACCCAUAUACCUCAACACCAGGACAUGUUCCCAAUUGAGUUAAAUGGUCAUCCAUUUGGUCAACCAACAUCUUCAACACUAGUGCCCACACAAGAUGACUUUGAUGAUAUAGACAAGCUCACAUUGCUUAGUCUCGAGUUCACUUGGAGUGCCGAAGAUGAUCCAAUUAGGCCGGUGAUACUAGAGGAAAUGAAGAAGAUUAAGAGUGGAAAGGAGCUAGUGGAAGAAGUAAGGAAGAUUGAGAAGAACAUCAACGCUGUCAGUACUAUCUCUUCCCUCCUUGAGCUGAGUGUUGCCGGGAUAUCCCUUGAGGUGUGUGAGGUUCCAACACCUUCACAUUCAGCUGAGCAAGAUAGUGAGAGUCCAGAGGAAGAGAUACUUCAGAUCCAAGAAGAAAUUCUCGAAGCCAAGGCACAAGAUGAUCCAGACCUCGAACAACAAAGUGAUCAAGGUGAAGACUCAUCAUCUAUUACUCUUGAAGAAGCAAAAGAAGUUGAUGUGAUUGAAGAUGAAGAACUAGAAACGCAUUUGCCCAUCGUCAUACAGGAGCGUGAUUUAGCAGGUUUAUCCAAUCCUCUUGAUGACAUGCUUCCUUAUGAGAUCUUUGCUGCUACUUUCCAUUGUGUUAUACCAUCAAUUAAGCUAGACUUGAAAAAUUAUUUGCUUGGACAUGAUCAUACAUACAUUGUUGGUGGCAUUGCUCUCAUUCCUGAUUAUGACACUUAUUUUCCUUAUGCUAGUCCUAUGCUUAAUGAAACAUAUUAUUCCCAUGCUAGUCUUGAGCUUAAUGAUAAAUUUCAUCCUCACGUUAGUGUCGACCUUGCUGAUUUCUACCAUCCUAAACAUGUGCUUUAUAGCUAUGCUUAUGUAAUUGGUUAUUCGAUUGAUGACUUGGAGGGUAUUAUCCCUACCACUUGAAUUGUCUCUUUCGUUGAGUGCUCUUUCAGGUUCUUGCUUGUGCACGAUCCACUACAUGCUGACCAAGUUCGAGAUGACAUUCCCUGGGACCCCGGUGGACCUAUGGCAUGGGGAUGAGGAGAAGCAAGGAGCACACACGAAGAGAGAAGCUGGAGCAGGCAUGAGGAUAGAGAAGCAAAAAGAGAAGAGUUGCAGUUCAGAGAGUGAUUGUGCGAGACCUACAUCAUAUAAGCCCGGUGAGCUGUUUCAUGACCCAUUCUGAGUAUAUCAUCCAUUGAUACAUGCUGAAAUCAAAUGUUAUUUUGUUUGCUUAAGCCAUGUCUUAAAUGUUGCCCCACUAAAUUUUAUUUGACAUAUGGUGCUUGAUGAGAAUAUGCGAACUGAUUGUUGAAUGCCAUGUAAACUAGUGAUCUACAUAUUGCUUGCUUUGCUGAAAUUAGUGAAAGUUAUUAGUUUUGAGUGCUCAAAUCCCUAGUACACUAGAAAACUUAAUUAUUUUCUGCUUUUACCUCGAUACACCUAGAUCACCACAUUUAGAUGCUGUAUUUGUGCCAAGUGUCUUCCCAUUGAGAGCAAUCACCUAACCACUAUGGAUUAGCAUGCUAUGUUCCCUGGAUCGGUAGCAUGUGAACUAGACAUAGAGAAGUGAUGAUUCCUGUUUUUGUUCUUAUGCGUUGUUCAUUUAAGAUAAGUAAUAAUGAAUAAACAAGUCUGGCUACCUACAGUAGCAUGUCAUGUUCCCGGGAUCGGUGGCAUGUGAAAUCGGGUUAGCUUGGGCAGUAAAUAAUAAUAAUAAAAAUGUAAUUGUCGAACCAGAUGUAUACCAUGUUCUCGGGAUCGGUGGUAUGUUCCUUUGGGGAGACAAACAAAAAAAUUAUAUAAUUGGUCGAGCCGGGUGUAUACCAUGUUCUCGGGAUCGGUGGUAUGUUCCUUUGGUGAGAUCAAUAAAAUAUUAUCAUUACUUUCUUCAAAUUCAAUAAGUGGUUCAACCACAAUGUUCCUGUAAUAAGUGAUCUGAUCACAAGUUUAAGUUCUUUUUAUUUUUUUGGAUCAUGCUCUCUUUAGGAACCAUUUGGCGCGGUCAUCAUUUAAACUUGUUGAUCCUCUUUUAUCAUUGUAAAAGUUUAAAAUGGUCAUGCUUACUAGUACCCUACUGCUUUGUAGCACUCUUAACCAUCAAUUUUCACUAGCUAAGUCCAAAAGCAUGCAUUGUUUCGAGAUCUACUUCACUUGGACAUUCUUUACUCAGUUCACUGUUCACACUCUUGCUCUUGUCAUAUGCCUUUGCUUGAGGACAAGCAAAGAUUUAAGUGUGGGGGAACUUGAUAAGUAUAUUUCACAUAUGUAAUUUUGGUACUCAAAUAUAGCAUCUAUCGUAACAUAUUCGUCCAUUCUUGCCAUGCUUGAUUGAAUAUUGCUUGAUAAUCAUCAAAAAGGAUAAUUUACUAGUCUUUGGUCUAUCUUGCAGAAAUGUGCGCAAAGGCACUAUAAACUACAAGUUUCUGUCCAUGUGGCAAUCGAGAUGAGCAUAUGAAAGAAGAGAAGGAAGAGGGACUUGAGUGUGAUGAAUAUUAAAGCUUCAAGGGCAAGAAAUAAAGAGUGGAGGGAUCAACUUGUGAAGUAGGCAGAGAAGUAGAAGGGCCGAAGUGCAAAAGUGCAGAUCUGAGGAGAGGGUCAAAAUCCCUAGCGCAGCCUCCAUUUUCCCCUUGGGCCUGGCCACACCUUCAUCUCUCUCCCCCUCACCACUCCUUCUCCACCUCCGGCCGCCGCCACGGCCAGGCCGGCGUGGUGGUGCGCCUCCGCAGCCCAUCCACCCACCAGCGCCAUCCAUCACCAGCACCAACACCCAGCGCCACCAUCACCUCUUGCCGUCAGCGCCACCACCACCUCGCGCGCCCUGCAAUCCAUCUCCCUGCUGCUCCUCCACCUUUCUUCUUCUCCUAACCUACUGCUGCUCUCCUUCUUCUUCCCUAGCCUCGCUGCUGCUCUUCCUUCUCCAAAUCCCCUAUGUACCAAUAGCUAUGUGUUUGAUCUCUCUCUCUCAUGUUCUCUCUCGUGUUCCCCUAUGGCACGAUCUUGAUGUAUCCCGAGCUUUGAUAUUGUAGUUGGAUCUUAUGAUGUUUCUCCCCCUCUA